UCAAUCACGCAAGAGACCCCCUUUUUAAUGUCCUGGCGAGGUUGUUACGUUCCGGCGUCUCUUUCGUGUCCGUGUGUGUGUGUCUGUGUGUGUGUUGAUCUUUUUUUUUUUUUUUGCCUUUUCAUGUAAAAGCCACCAAAAGGUUGUUGUUUUUUUCUCUCCGUUUGUGUGUGUGUGUGCGCGCGCGCGUGUGUGUGUGCAUAAGAGAGUUUAAAGCACGGCGUUAUUGCAAAACGGGGUUAUUAGAAUCAUAAGUCAGCGAAGUGGUGGGCGAUCCACUGAGCAUCAGCAGAAGUUGUCGUAUGAUGACUUGAAACAAGACACAUUACCUAGCAGCAUCUGUUGGAGUGCGUGGAUUUUUUAAGACACUUCUGUCUCUGGGACUGCCGCACAAGGGGGGGUGGAGAAGAAGAAAAAAUGUUCCACCAGGUUAGAAGAGUGAUGACCAUCCUGUUCCUUACUAUGGUUAUUUCAUACUUCAGUUGCAUGAGAGCCGCGCCCCUGAGAGACGCCCCGGGCAUGCAGGGCCAUCGGACGGAGGGCUACUUGGGCGCAGCCGCCAGGGGCCACGGGACUCCGCAGAGCGGCGGGGGGCCAGGCCAGCGCGGGGGGCUGCCCUCGCUCACAGACACCUUUGAGCAGGUGAUAGAGGAGCUGCUGGAGGUGGAGGGAGAGGCAGAGGCGGCACAGCUGGGACAGGGGGCCGGCGGGGGUCUGGCUUCGGCGGCGGUGGCGGCCGACGCCAAGGAUGUCGACAUGUACGACGCCAGGGUGAUGAUCAGCAACCAAGUGCCUUUGGAGCCGCCGUUGCACUUUCUUCUGGAGGAAUACAAAAACUACCUGGACGCUGCGAACAUGUCUAUGAGGGUGCGGCGACACUCGGAUCCCUCGCGGCGUGGAGAGCUCAGCGUGUGUGACAGUAUUAGCCAGUGGGUGACAGCUGUGGAUAAAAAGACGGCAAUAGACAUGUCUGGGCAGACAGUUACCGUCAUGGAAAAGGUCCCUGUCCCCAAUGGCCAACUGAAGCAAUACUUUUAUGAGACCAAAUGCAACCCCAUGGGGUACACAAAGGACGGCUGCCGAGGAAUAGACAAGCGGCAUUAUAAUUCCCAAUGCAGGACAACCCAGUCCUACGUGCGAGCGCUCACCAUGGAUAGCAAAAAGAAGAUUGGCUGGCGGUUUAUAAGGAUAGACACUUCAUGUGUAUGCACAUUGACCAUUAAAAGAGGGAGAUAGUGUAUGAAAUGUAUAGAUUUUAUUGAAGAGUUUAAAAAAGAAAAUACAGAGAAAAUAUCUAUUUGUAUAUAUACAUAACAGGGUAAAUUAUUCCGUCAAAUGAGAAUUUUAUGGACUGCAUGUAAAAAAAACAAAAAAUGAAGUUUAUACAGUAAAAGUGAUAUAACAGUCUAUUUAUUGAACAUAUUCAUGACCUUGUAAACGAUUAAAAAAAAUCUGAUCAGUCAUUUGCGCCCACUUUAAAUUACCAUGUCACAUUCCUCCAAACGUGUUUCUUUUGCCAAGAUUUACAAAAUGAAGGAAGAAGAGGAAAAAAAAACAACAGGAAUGAGAGCAAGAGAGAGAGAGAGAGAGAGAGGACAGUUCCAUCGUCAAAAGCUUGCAUGCUGCUUCAAUUGUGAAUCGCGAAAUUCUCCACUUACAAAAAAAAAAUUCUAUAAAAAAUAGGACGCCGAUCAAAAAACUUUCCGUUUCAAUACUCGGCGGAGAACAAGUUUCCUCUCAAGUAAUUUAUCUGUUUACUGUUCUAAACUUCUCAAGGUAUAAUGUUGGGAGUACAUACUAUGUCAAGGUGCUGUUGUCAAAGCUUUGCUGUUUAUUUUUUUAUUCCCACCAGAGAAAGAUAUAUAUAUUAGAAAAGAAAUGUAUAUAUCUAUAUAUAUAUAUAUCUAUAUAUAUAUAAUGAGACAUGUUUCUGGGUUAAUAUUAUUCAUUUUGUAUGUUGUGAAGUUGUUUGCAAUAUUAAACUGAAAUAUUUGAAGAAAUAAAAAUGACUAUAGGCAACUGAAAAACGAAACCGAUGUUUCAACCCUCCACUUUUAGGUGUAUAUAUGCACAAACGCUGACGCACAUAAAAAGAGACAAAACUGACCAAGAGAGCCGAUAUGUGGAGGACAGUAUAGAUCCCCGCUGUAGUUGCAGGGGUUACUGUCCGAGACCACACGCAAAUCGCAAAUAAAUGCAGGUAAUUGACACGCCCAGAAAAAAUGUCUGGAUUAUAUGUACGUCCUUUUAACCCUCCUGCUAACUCGACGUUCUCCUCUGAUUUCGUAUCAACAUUUACAAUAAAAGUGACUGUUAUUUUUAGAUUGGAUUCAGCCCAGGAACCCUCCCAGUCUCUCUACAUGUCCGCCCGCCACAAUGGAGGC